ACAAAAGAGCUAGAAGAUGAAACGAUCUCUCAGUGACCAGCCUUUCGUGGAGCUAAUAAAGAAUAAUAAAACUACCUGCCACUUCAUCAUAUUGUUAAUAAGUUAUUUUCUAUUCCUGAUUUUUGGGGCAGUUGUGUUUUCCUGUGUUGAACUCCCGUAUGAAGACUUGUUUAGACAAGACCUAAGAAACCAAAAGAAACAGUUUUUGGAGGAUAAUAGUUGUGUUUCUGAACAGAAGCUUGAGAAAUUUUUGGAAACGAUUUUGGAGGCUAGCAAUUAUGGUGUUUCAGUGUUAAACAAUGUAAGUGGCAGCUAUAACUGGGACUUUCCAGCAGCCUUAUUUUUUGCCAGUACUGUGCUUUCAACAACGGGUAAGUGA